AUGUUCUCUGAGUCUGGAGCGUUGGAAAUACUCAAGAAGAGAGAGGAGGCCCCAGACCCCAACCGGACCAAGAAGAGAGAGGUGGCCCCAGAGCCCAACCGGACGAAGAAGAGAGAGGUGGCCCCAGACCCCAACCGGACCCAGAAGAGAGAGGAGGCCCCAGACCCCAACCGGACCAAGAAGAGAGAGGAGGCCCCAGACCCCAACCGGACGAAGAAGAGAGAGGUGGCCCCAGACCCCAACCGGACCCAGAAGAGAGAGGAGGCCCCAGAGCCCAACCGGACCCAGAAGAGAGAGGUGGCCCCAGACCCCAACCGGACCAAGAAGAGAGAGGAGGCCCCAGACCCCAACCGGACCCAGAAGAGAGAGGAGGCCCCAGACCCCAACCGGACCAAGAAGAGAGAGGUGGCCCCAGACCCCAACCGGACGAAGAAGAGAGAGGUGGCCCCAGACCCCAACCGGACCCAGAAGAGAGAGGUGGCCCCAGACCCCAACCGGACCAAGAAGAGAGAGGUGGCCCCAGACCCCAACCGGACCCAGAUGAACUAA